AUGAAGUUCAAGAGAGACGUCUUGCUUGGAGUAGUGAGUUUGGUUUGUCUCGCUCAACCAUCCUUACAACAAGCCAGCGCCUGUGCUUCGUCUUACUCACAAUGUGGCGGUAUCGGGUUCACAGGAGCAACAUGCUGCCCUACAGGAUGGUCAUGCCAGACACAAGAUUCAUACUAUGCUCAAUGCCUCAGUGGCACUGUAUUUCUACAAGAAUUUCUAACAUUUCUACAGCCAACUAGCUCGGCCGGUUCAGGUGGCUCAACCGGGCCUGUAACAACAUCCUCACCACCAACUACCAGGACGACGCCUUACCGCACUUCAACGACCUUUUUGACCGGAGCUGCGUUAGCGAGUCAUACGCAGGUGCCGUACACGACCCUCGAAUGUGAUAACGCGGACUGUGGGUCAGGGACUAUAUACCCUGAUAUUACCACAGUGAAUGACAGUAUGCCCUGGCACUACAGUCGUUCUACCCAUUUCGGCGAAACACCAGCUGGAGCCUGCGGUUUCGGCUUAUACGGCAUGUGUACGACUGCCAGCGUCUCAGGAAUUGACCUGGGUGAUGACUGUGCACAGUUCUGCUCUAUGUACCCGGAUCUAUGCGCCGACCCAGCCAAUUACACACUCAGAGGCAACUUUGCGGCACCUAAUGGCAAUUACUAUACACAGUUCUGGCCCAUGCUGCCAUCCCUGGAUACCCGCGCAGAGCAAGACAAUUACCUCUCCUGCGGCGAGUGCUUUGAGUUGGUGCGCACCUACCCCAACGGCACCCUUUAUACCACAAGCGAUUCUGGCUAUGCACCACCGAUUAUUCUUGAGAUUGUAGAUAGCUGCCCAUGUUCGGCAAAUACUAAAUGGUGUUGCGGUCCUGGUGUUGAUCAAUGCCAGGAAGUCUCCGACUUUAAAUACGGCUGUCCCCUUCCUAACGGCUCAAUACACUUGGACCUGUCCGACGUGGCUAUGACGCGAGCACAGGCCGGUGUGUUAGUCGAGGGUGUGAUCCCGACGCAGUACAAGCGCGUACCAUGUCCCAAGAAAGGAAAUGUAUACUUAUGGCUCCGGGGUAGUGCCGGACCUUACUUUUUCCAGAUCACAGCUGUCAAUGCUGCGGGGCUGGGUUCCAUCGUAGGCUUCGAGAUUCGCCCUGACGGGCAAUCGGACUGGCUGGCUCUCGUACAAGAGGACGACUACCCGGAAGGUCAUCCGCAGGAACGAUAUGGUGCUUGGACUUUGCCAGCUAAUGCUGGGCCUAUAAAUUUACCAAUGGGGGUACGGCUGACAAGUGCGACAGGCGAGCAGAUCGUUAAUGAGGCUGUUAUCACGAACUGGACUGCGCCUAACACGGCAAUUGCAGGAUAUUGGUAUAUCAAUAUGGGAAUCAACUUCAGCCAACUCUAA